AUGAGCCAAGUAGACAUCAGCGGCGUCACAGGCGCGAGAGGAGCACUUCAGCUAGACAGCGCAGCCCAGCAUUUGAAUGGAGACACGCAGUCUGAACAGCCCCGCCUCUCCGUCGAGGAGCGAGCACAGUUCAGCGACGAUGAUGUGGACGACUUCGAAGAUCACGCUAUCUCAUCAACAAAGCCAAGUAGUGCUGAUCGCCCAGCCCUCGUACGCCUGCCUGUGACCAAACUCAUCGGAGGUGGUAGCGGUGGGCCUGCCGUUGCCCUCUUUGUAUGCGCUCAGUGUGGGACGCAUCUCGCUUUGCAAGACGAGGUGAUCAGCAAGUCCUUCUCCGGUCGUGACGGUAAAGCCUACCUCUUCCACUCCUCGCUCAACACGAUCAUCGGCAAGCCAGAGGAUCGUCAGCUCCUCACCGGUCUGCACACCGUAGCAGACGUGCGCUGCGCCGGAUGCGAGACGCUCGUGGGUUGGACGUAUCUGCGUGCCUUUGAGGGGGCACAAAAGUACAAGGAGGGGCGCUUCAUUAUGGAGAGGGCGGCAAUUCACAAGGUCAACAAUUGGAGCUGA